AUGUCUCAGCCUGAAGCCGGACCGUCUCGUCGUCGUCGUCAAUACGUCUCCCGUGCAUGCAACAGCUGUCGGCGCCGCAGAUGCAAGUGUGAUGGCGUCCAGCCAAUGUGUGGACCGUGUUCAACAAGUGGACAUGAGUGCACAUGGGGGCAGGAUGGGGAGGAUAGCGGACGCCCUGCGACGAAGCAGUUCGUAGAGAGUCUCCGAGUGAAGAUCCAACAGCUCGAGUCUGAGAUCGCUCAACUAAGAAAGCAGCCCCAAGCGCCUUCCUCCCAUACCACGUCCCCCCACCCCCCAAGUGUGCUUUCAGAUUAUAGCCCCGUGCCCGCCGAGGUUCGUUGGAGCUUUGAUAGUCCGCCGCUGAGUACUGCUUUGAUGCAGCCAAUACCAGCGACGCAGACUCAGGCAAAGCCACUGCUUCACUUGCAUGCUUCCACCGAGCUUCCUCAUCUUGUUCAGUCCACUAAGAUCUCUCCCAUCGAGAUUCCUUUAGUCAAUCUACCCCCAACAGCCCCUGCUCUCAGGUACCAAUACAUUUUCAACAUCGAUACAAGCAUUCCGUUGGACGAACAGUAUCCUGCGCAUCGCGCCAGCCUUGUUUGUCAAUGGAACCGCAAUCUUCCCGAUCUUUCCCCGAUUUAUCUGUCCCAGCUCGAACAUGACAUCAUUUUAUCUCGAUGCUUUAGCUAUGGGGCAUGUUGCUCUUUUGGUCUCCUUCCAGAUACAUUCCUUGCCCAAUUUCUCGAGUGCCUGGGCCCUGAAGCCGUGCCAGAACGCAUGGCCGAAGGAUCCAGGUAUUAUACUCCACUUUUACACUGCUCGUUGCUCACGUUUGGGGCCGGAUUCUCAGACAACCCUCAGAUGCGAGAAAGAAAGACACGGGAAAAGCUCGCGACGCAUGCAAAGAAGUGGCUUGAUGACGAGUUCAACAAUCCAAGCUCAAGUUUAAUGGUUUCGCUUGCUCUGCUAUCCGAACAUCACUCUGGCAUAGGGCAAGCUAAAAUUGGGUACAUGUAUAUGGGAAUGGCCAUACGGGCGGCUCGACUCCGUCCUAUUUUAUUCGAUCCACUCAUCCGAGAUUGGCAUCUCUGGUCCGUUUUUAUUCAAGAAUCCCUUAUGGCCUUGGAAAUGAAUAGGCCAAGCGAAUACCCAGUUCCAAAAGCGCCCAUUAUCUGCCCGAUAGCAGUCGAACCCGAUAGUCGAUCUCCUUUGACUAGCUCAUUAACAGAGUUACUCACACACGAAGAUUAUUUCAAGUUUUCUGCUCGAUGCUUUAUCCAAUUGUCUAGGCUUAUUAAUAUCAUCAUUAGAAUAACUGAUGGCGCGGUUACCGAUAAACAAAUCAUUCUUGAUAUCCAUCUUGAACUAGAAACCUGGUUCAACAACCUCCCCGAUGGAGUGAUGAUUCGUCAACGGGCGACACUGACCUUCCCCCCGAUCCUCACUCUUCACAUCACAUAUUGGUGGUUCAUCCUCCAUUCGCAUUUCCCUCUCGCUGAGCAACUGUCGAUUUCAACUAGCGAGCCUGUCAGAGAGCUCUCCAUAAAGAUGUGCGCGCGUGCAACCGAGAAACUUGUUCAACUAUUCAAUACAUUCGAUAAACAAUUCGGAUUACGAUUUUUUCCUCGUAACUUGAUCAAGGCUAUACACGCAUGCGGUUCGGCCCUCGUCAUUGAGCGCGACUCAGCAUCUAGUGCAUCAAAGAAGAAGCGAGCGACGGCAAUAGAAGGGAUUGACUCAUGUAUUUAUGCGUUGAAGAUUAUUGGCGAAGUUUGGCACAUUGCGAUUCCUAUGAGCGAGGAUCUGGAAUCCCUCGCAGGGGUGAAUCUUGCUGCGUGA